CAGGCGGCAGUAAAACACUUCCACUGUCAAACGGCAACCGGCCAAUAAAUACUAACGAAGAAGAAGUGCCGGCUCCCAGAGGUUAAAGUUGACUUUAAAAACAUGGUUGAACACAGCGAUAUCCGCGUGGUUCACCGAGGUGGCAGUAAAUUAAAUUUCAGGGAACCUCUCAUAACCAGUGAUUCAAGGUUUCUGCUAUGUGCCUCAGGACAGUGUGUGAAGGUAUUCAGCACCUCCACAGAAGAGUGUAUCCAUGACCUGCGGGGACACACUGACCUGGUGACAGGUGUGCUGCCCAAACCCUCCAACCACCUGCAGGUCUACUCUUGCUCAGCAGAUGGCACUGUCAGACUCUGGGACUACACAGAUGGCAUCCUUAUUAAGACUUAUGUCAUUGGUUACCCAAUUUACUCCAUGUACGUAUCUGCCAACCAUGAAGGAGUCAUCUUUAUCGUUACCCCCAUGCAAAGUGACAAAAGAUCUGAGUUGUUCCAGCUGGUUGCGGUGGAUCUCCCGCAGAGUGCCGAUCAGCUGGUGGAGGCCCGAGAGCUUUCAGCUGUGCUUAGUGAUGUCAGCUCCAACCCAGCGGCCUCUGCCUUUGGUAGAGGGGGGGAAUAUAUCGUUUCAGCUAAACCUUUGCAACUUGAGGUCUACUUCUUCAAGAAGCACAAGUCAUACAGGUUUCCUCUCAAAGCAGACAACAAGAAAGGAGGGAAGAACACGUUCACUUGUGUCGCCUGCCACCCAAAAGAUGACUGCGUAGCCACCGGGCAUGAAGAUGGCAAGAUUCGCUUGUGGAGAAACUUCAACCACAAGAAGGAGUACACAUACUCCACCCUGCACUGGCACCACAAUGCAGUCAGCUCACUGUGUUUCACCCCAGAAGGCACCAACCUGCUGAGCGGGGGUGUGGAGUCCGUGCUCGUCCAGUGGCGAUACAAACAAGAGAGCCAGCGGGACUUCCUGCCCCGUCUGGGUGCUGCCAUCACGCACAUCACCGUCUCACCUGAUGGAGCGCUGUUUUGUACCUCACACAGUGACAACAAGAUCACAAUAAUCCAAAGCUGUGUAAAAGUGUCAGCUGUCAUUCAGGGCCUGGUCAAAGGAGAGAGUGUCAGGACAGACUUUAUGGUAGACCCACGCAGCAAAGCCAUGGUGCUGAAUGGCAAACCAGGCCACCUCCAGUUUUACUCGCUCCAGAGAGACAAACUUCUGUACAAUCUGGACAUCGUGCAGCAGGAGUACAUUCAUGAGUUGGGCCUGCAGCAGUUCGAGGUGGUCAAGGCGGCCUUCAGCGCCUCUGGGAACUGGCUAGCAACAGUGGAAGAAAGAAAACAGAAAGAUGCUGAGUUGGAGCUUCAUUUGAAACUGUGGGCAUUUGAGCAACAGACACAGAGUUUUGUGCUGAACACAACCAUCUCAGCCCCCCACGAGUCCUGGAUUACAGCCUUGUGCUUUGGCCUUGCCGCUGACAGCCAGACCACCGUGCUGGUAUCCACCAGCAAGGACGGCCACUUCAAAGCCUGGCAGCUGGAUGCACGAGCCCACACAGAUGAUGAAGGUCCUGCCUGGUCGUGUGAUUUUGUCGGAGCCUACCACGGGCUGGUGCCUGAGCGCUGCUGUUUCUCGGCCGAUGGUUCUCUGUUGGCCAUCAGCUUUCAGGAGGUGGUGACUGUGUGGACCCCGGCCUCCUGGGAGCUCCUGACAACUCUGUCCCAGCCACCAGGGGCUAUAAGAGACCUUUGUUUUGGACAACUAAGCUGUUCCAAGUAUCUGCUGGGAACCACUGCUGGAAACCUGCUCUGCUGCUGGAACCUCCUCACCUGCUCCUUGGAGUGGAGCACCUCGAUGGACGUCAGCCUGCUGCUGGCGGACCCCCUCUCUGAGAACAUGGCCGCCUUCUGCUGUCAGGCAGGAUGCACCGACUUGUUUGUCUUUAAGCCCAGCGAGCCUCGGCCGGCCUUUUCCCAUAAAGCCGUGUGUUCAGGGAGGGUGACGCGUGCUGUCUUUGCCCCGAGGGAGAAGAUGUUGGAGAGCUGUGAGGAAGGCUGCCAGUGGCUCAACCACUCCCAGCUCUACUUCCUCACUCAGUACAUGGACCUCAUGACGUUCAGCACCAAGGCGGAGGAGGACAGACUAAUGGCUUCCAGCAAACAGCUUGUGAUUGAUGACAGCGUUGCCAUGACACCAUUCUACCUGUUGCUGGGGAAACACCGGCAACAGCAGCAGGAGAAUGAAGACGCACUGAGCAGCCUGUCUGCUGAGAGGACAGCUCUGCCAAAGGGCUCCGCUGCCAUUAGGGAGCUGCUGCAGACCCCAGCCCACGUCCUGCCCUCCACCUCGUUGCUCUGCUCCAUGUUUGUACAGUCUCUACUCAUUUCCGUCACAGACUCCAGGGAGGAAAAAGAACAUGCAGAGAAUGAACCGGAGAGCGAGAAAGAGGAAGAAGAUUCAGAGGAGGAAAUGGAGUCCAGCACCUUGAGGCCGAAGCAGGCGUCAGCGGGAUGCCAGGCCACAGCGUGUGCAGCCCCCCCUCUGACAAAAGCCCAGGUUAGGGAGCUGAGGAGGGUGAAGAAACUUGACCACAGCUGGAUCGCAGGCCUCCUGGAUUCUGGAGUAUGACCAUGACCAAAGAGAGACACUCACACAGAUGGUUUUCACCACAUGGAGUUGUUUUUUCUUGUUUUACAUCAUUAAAUUAGAAUCUCUAUGUUCGUACACAACCCAAAUAUUUCACUGCAUAAGGAUGUGUCCCGUUGGCAGCAGUCACUGCCUUUAAUCACAGGAGCAGACUGCGGUGCAGGGAUUGUGUGUGAACAGCAGUUUUCUGGCCAUAAACUCUGGACUGGAUUCUGACUCGGCCAACCCUGAAUAUUAACAUUGACUUUUCAGCCGUUCCUGUGUCGCUUUGUUUGUAGUUGCUGUUUUGUUGGACGAUAAAUCUCUGCUCAGGUCACAGUUGUCUUAGAAGCAGCUGGUUUUCCUCCAGGAUUUCGAUGCAGGUCUGUUUGACCAAGUGUGCAACAUGAAAUCUGUAGUUUGUGACAUUACAUCACUUCCCCAUUCUCUUUUCACAUGAUAAACUAAUCAAAACAAACACCAUUCUGCUGAUCCACGCACAAGCACACAGGAGCUCUGUAGGACUUCUACAUUUAUCUGCAGUCUUCCUCAUCAUCUUUGUGAAACGGGAGCAGAGAAGCAUCUGUGCAGUUCUUGGCAUGAUGGUGCUGGUGUACAGUCUAGUGUGUACACCUGGUGGUUAAAUGGCAGUGCAGGUUUAAUUCAUGGUUAUUGUGACAAUAUAGUAAACCUUUUUUAAAAUAAACAAGUACAUCUAAUUGGAAAUCACUGGUCUUCAAAGCAUAUUGCAUCAAAUACACCUGGAUCUUCCAGAUCAAGGAUUAUCCAAGUGCCUUGAUUUACACACCUUGGAUCAUUUCACUUGAUACAAAACAAUUACUUUGGAAUAGAAAAGAGAUUAAAUGCUUAUGGUAUUAGUUUUUUUUCUUGUCUUUGUCAAAAAAAACCCACCAUUAACAAGCUUAAAAGAAACACACCAAGUACAGAGUGAACAGUUUGCUUGAUGCGUCCACGUGCACGUGUAAUUGCUUUUUUUUUUCUACUUUACUGAAAAUGAAUAAGAAACCGUGUUGGCCUUUAAGUGGCCGGUUGGUGAAGGUUGUUAGUGAACUGUUACGCACUUAGCCAGCCUGUUGCUUUUAAAAAACAAAAUGCGUAGCGAUGACAUAGUUUCAGUUAAUUAACAGUUUGCCUGGGUCAGAUCUGAUUUUACAGUUGCUGGUUGUUUUCUUUGAAAUAGUGUAUUUUCCUACGGUGACCGGGGCCUUUCAAUGGCACAUUGUUGGUGCUGUCAAGUUCUGGGCUGACUUGUAACAAGUCCCAAAGCCCUGAGUAAGCUGUGUAAGAAGAAGAAAGUUGAGUUCCCAGGCUUGGAUAAGAUGGCACACUUCCCUCUGUGUUUUUCAGUUCCUUUCUGUCAGGAGCUCAGAGAGCUCCCACCGCCACCGACAGAGCUGUCAUACCUUUUUCUGCAUUAGUCAGACAUCAAGGCUGUACAGUACAGGAGUUUGGGUGAAGGAAAAGGGUCACCUAUAUAUUUUUAUCAAAUCCUACACUUUAUCUGUCUCUUUUACUGACUAGGUAUGAACUGGGAUAGAAACAGAUUGAGAAACUAUGAAACAAAAUCCAGCCUCAUCUAGGUGGUGAUGAGCUUUACCUUCUCUGUAAGUAGGACCAAAAUAACCAUGGAUCAGUUUUACAGUCGCCUUUACUUUUACAUUCUUCCUCCGAGUGUAACAUGGAGAAGCAGCAACAAACAAUAUUUGUAGAAAUGUAAAUGUAAAAGGCAUAAAAAAGGAUGUUUUUCCAAUUAAAGCAUGAACAAAUAAAAGUGGGCUGCAUUUAAAAAUCAACUCACUUAAAUGUGGAGUAAUAAUCCUAAUGCAGAUUUGUACACCUUGGCCUUUUAUUACUGUUGUUUUAAAAGUAAUAAA